AUGACACAACCGCAGAAGACCAUUGCCGUGGUCAACGGGACAGGCCGGCAAGCAGCCUCACUGAUCCGCGUCGCGUCCGCCGUGGGGUACUCAGUGCGCGCGCAAAUACACUCUUUAAAAGGCGUCAUCGCACCAGAACUACAACAACUUCCCAAUGUGACCCUCCUACAAGGACCGCUCCUCGGUAACAUCGCGCUGAUGGACGAGCUCUUCAAAGGCGCCCAGCUCGCCUUCAUCAACACAACCUCUCAAUCGGGCGACGAGGUAGCCAUUGGCCGCGAUCUCGCCGACGCCGCCAAACGCGCCGGCACAAUUCAGCACUACAUCUACAGCAGCAUGCCGGAUCAUUCCGUCCACGGGCCCUGGCCUGCCGUCCCGCAGUGGGCGCCCAAAUUCACUGUCGAGAACUACGUGCGCCAGCUUGGAAUGCCGGCGACAUUCGUCUACGCGGGUAUCUACAACAACAAUUUCACCAGCUUACCAUAUCCGUUGUUCCAGAUGGAGCUGCUGGAGGAUGGGAGCUUCGAAUGGCGUGCGCCGUUUGAUCCAGAAAUUCCGUUACCUUGGCUGGAUGCUGAGCAUGAUGUUGGACCGACGCUGCUGCAGAUUUUCAAGGAUGGGCCGAAGAAGUGGAAUGGACAUCGCAUCGCCCUCACCUUCGAAACCCUCUCUCCAAUACAAGUGUGCGCGGCGUUCUCUCGCGCCCUGAACCGACCAUGCCACUACAUCCGCGUCCCGAAGAUCGAAAUCAAAGUCAACAUCCCGCCGGGGUACCGGGAACAGCUCGAAGCGCUGGAAGAGCUCUUCGCCCGCUGCGAUGCCCCCUACUUCCCGCAGCCGGAGUUCUCACAGCCAGCCGCGGGCUCACCGAAGGGUCUUGGGCCGGCGGGUGGAAAGGGCGCCGGCGCGGGCAUGAUGCAAGGGCCUGGCGGUGUUAUCUCACAGCGAGUGACAGACGAGGCGCGACAUCUGUGGCAGGGCUGGCGUGAUAUGGAAGAGUAUGCACGCGAGGUGUUCCCUGUGGAAGAGGAGGCCAAUGGGCUGGACUGGAUGGUUUGA